UUCUGUCUCUCUUUUUUUUUCUUUUUCAUUUAAAUUCAUGUGUUUUGGGGGUUGUAUUGGAUGGAUGCUCUGUUCUAUAUUUUGAUUUUCUUAUUGGUUGCUUCUUUCAUUUUGAUUCAUGUUCAUUUUACGAUGGUAGCCGCUCUAGUUGGUGUUUCAAGGUGAUGCUAUGGCAUGGCGUUAGAGGAAUGUGUUCUUAUUAGCAUACCGUAUUCGUGUAGUGCAUUGUAUUUGUGGCACAUACUCGGAAUAUUUUCAUUUUCUUACUUCAAUGAGAAAGGCUAAACUAAAAAGAACUGCAUAUUAGGUUGUGUUACUUCUUGUUAAAAUAAGUUGCGUUUGCUUACUGAUUCCUUAAUUAGUCAGCACAACAAUUCUUUGUUUUCUUAUAGGUUUUUGGUACAUACCACUAAUCCCAGUACUUUUGCACUAUCCCAUUCCCACAUUGUCACUUUACUGAUAUUGUCAAUUUCAGUUUAAAUGAACCAUUAUUGUAUGCUAUGAGAGCUGUUUCUGUUUCAAUGAUACUUGUAUAGUCAUUGUUUAACGAUGGAACUUGCUAAUAUUUGUUGAAAUGAACUGUUACUGUAAUAUUCUUGGCCUUCUUGGUUUUAGCACAAGAAUAAACGGAAAAUAGCACUAGAGUAGCUUCCUCGUUCAAAUUUAAGCAGCCUGUGUUGUUAUAUUGAAAACAAGAAGAGGCUUGAGCAUAAUCACAUGUUGGCUUAAGAAUGGGAAGUAGAUACGGUGAGUACACAUAUGAGAACCUGGAGAGGGAACCGUACUGGCCUUCUGAGAAGCUUCGGAUUUCUGUAACGGGGGCUGGUGGUUUCAUUGCUUCACACAUUGCCAGGCGACUAAAGAGUGAGGGUCAUUACAUUAUUGCUUCCGACUGGAAGAAAAAUGAGCACAUGACCGAGGACAUGUUCUGUAACGAGUUCCAUCUGGUUGAUCUUAGAGUGAUGGAUAACUGUUUGAAGGUUACUGCUGGUGUUAGCCAUGUUUUCAACCUUGCUGCUGACAUGGGAGGUAUGGGGUUCAUUCAGUCCAACCAUUCCGUCAUUAUGUAUAACAACACAAUGAUCAGCUUUAAUAUGCUCGAGGCAGCAAGGAUCAAUGGAGCUAAGAGGUUCUUUUAUGCUUCUAGUGCUUGCAUUUACCCUGAAUUCAAACAGUUGGAUACUAAUGUGAGCUUGAAGGAGUCUGAUGCUUGGCCUGCAGAGCCUCAAGACGCCUAUGGCUUGGAGAAGCUCAUGACUGAAGAAUUAUGCAAGCACUUUAAUAAGGAUUUCAGUAUUGAAUGUCGGAUUGGACGGUUUCACAACAUUUAUGGACCCUUCGGCACUUGGAAAGGUGGUAGAGAGAAGGCCCCUGCUGCUUUUUGUAGAAAAACCCUUACUUCCACUGAUAGGUUUGAGAUGUGGGGAGACGGGCUACAGACUCGGUCUUUCACCUUCAUUGAUGAAUGUGUAGAAGGUGUCCUGAGAUUGACAAAGUCUGACUUCCGGGAUCCGGUAAAUAUUGGAAGUGAUGAGAUGGUUAGCAUGAAUGAGAUGGCUGAAAUGGUCCUAAGCAUUGAGAACAAGAAGCUUCCCAUCCACCAUAUUCCUGGCCCUGAGGGUGUUCGUGGUCGAAACUCAGACAACACUUUGAUUAAGGAGAAGCUUGGAUGGGCCCCUACUAUGAAAUUGAAGGAUGGGCUGAGGAUAACAUACUUUUGGAUAAAGGAACAACUUGAGAAAGAGGAGGCUCAGGGAAUUAAGGUGUCAGGUUAUGGCACAUCAAAAGUAGUAGGAACACAAGCACCAGUUCAACUCGGCUCUCUUCGAGCCGCUGAUGGGAAAGAGUGAUUCAGUGAAGCUGGUUAAGCGAUGAUUUGAUUCAGUUGCUGUGAAGUACCUAGUCAUAUGAUGAAGACCACAGUAUAUACUUUGCUGACGCAGACAUGUGGAUGCGAUUAGUUAUAUGGACUAGUUCCUUACCAUCUACCAGAUUAACUAGUUAUCUGUUAUUCUUUUGCUUUAUUUUUCACUUGUAGUAUUUAGAAUAGUGUCCCAAUCUCAACUAGAUACCAGGUUGAUUCAGUGAUGAAAGUUCAUCAUCUAAUGAGCACUUUUCCUGGAUCAUAUAUUGACAGCUUUGUAUCUGUUAAAAGUGAACAAAAUAUAGCAGCAUAUGCUUGUUUAGUC